AUGCAUUCACUUCCAAGUCCCCCGAUUUCCGAAAUUGACUCCGUAUGGAAACCUGCCAUUGCGACGGUCAGCCUAGGAGCGGCGCAUUUACACUCAAUUACUGCUAAACUUGAUGCCGCCGCGAAAAACGGUCAACAGGGUCUCGAACUAUUUCAUGAUGAUCUAGCACAGCUCGCCAAGACCCUUCGUUGUCAAUCAACUGCCAGUCCACCCCGCACCGACAGAGAUUAUGAGAUCGACGCAGCAUACGCUAUCCGUGAUCUUUGUACCCAACGGGAUCUGCGUAUUUUGGCUCUCCAACCAUUUCGACACUAUGAAGGUCUCAUAGACCAAGAUCGACAUGCGGAACGAAUUGACGAGCUCAAGCACUGGGUGCAGCUGUGUAAAAUCAUGGGUGAUUCACUCUUUAUCUUAAUUCCGUCGUCAUUCCUGGACCCAUCUGAAAUCACCGACGAUCGAGACCGGCUAGCCGCCGACUUGGCCGAAGCUGCCGAUGUGGCAUUCCCUGUGCGGAUUGCCUAUGAAGCGCUGGCUUGGGGAACAUACAUAAACACCUGGGAGGAUUGUUGGGAUGUGAUCAAGCGGGCCAACAGACCUAACCUAGGAAUCUGUCUGGAUACCUUCAACAUUGCAGCCCGACUGUGGGCCGAUCCAACCAGCCCAACGGGGCGUUUGCCGGCGGCAGCAGACCAGGAUCUUCAGCAAUCCAUGGAUCGACUUGUACGGGAGAUCGAUCCCGAUCGCGUCCUGAUGGUCCAGCUUGCCGAUGGCGAACGUGUUGACCCACAGACUCCCUUCCUUCAAGCGCCAGGCUUACCCACUCUCCUAUCCUGGUCGCGGAAUGCUCGCCUGUUUCCGUGCGAGGAGGAACGGGGCGGGUAUCUUCCGAUUCGGGAGGUGACGGAUGCCUGCAUAACACGACUAGGAUAUACCGGAUGGGUCAGCAUGGAAGUCUUCUCACGAACUACUGGAGACGAUAAUCCGGCAGUGCCCAUUGAUCAUGCCUCCAGAGCAAGUCGCUCGUGGCGUCAGGUUCUAAAAUGGCUGGUACAAAAGUCCAAAAAGGAGCCCAUUCAAGUCUCUAUGAAUUGA